GCGACGAACACGCUCUCUAGGUUUAGCAAUGUGCAUGCUCUUUGGCGUCCUGCGCCUGCGACUGCCGUUGCGGUGUGAGGUAUCGUAGGGUGUAGAUCGUGCGCCAGGCUAUAAUUUCUUACAAGAACCGAGAAGUGGAGUAGAUCCCGAGAGUAGUAUCAAAUUUCGAAGAACUAAAAAGGCAAUUGUUGGUAAUCCUAUUUAAAUAUCCGCUGUGAAAAAAAGCAGAAUGAGCGACGAGAGGGAAACAGAAGGCGUGGAUGGUAGCACCCGUCUGUUGGCUGGAGAAAUGGGCGUAAGGCCGACGAAUAGUGAUCCAGAAGGGGAUGGUGCCGAAGAAAAAUUGGUCACCGAAGAUGGGAAAUUAAAUUCAAAUCGUGAAACUAGUGAAGUUAAGUUCAUAUCAGCUGAUUCUCAGAACGGAGACGCUAAAAUCGAUAUUGAAAAUGUCAAACAUACGUUCGCUGGUAUGGGAAAAGAUGAGCUAAUGAAAUUCGCUAACGAUCCCUUUUGGAUUCGUAUGAGAUGGUUUCUGUUUAUUUUCUUCUGGGUACUGUGGAUCGCAAUGCUUGUUGGAGCUGUUGCAAUUAUAAUUUUGGCUCCCAAGUGUGCAGGUCCUGCACCAUUGAAGUGGUGGGAAGAAUCACCUUUGUAUGAAGUAAAUGUACGUACUUUCGUGGACGGAGAAAAAGAGGAUGGAAUCGGCGAUCUUGUUGGUUUGAAGUCCAAAUUAGAUUACAUAAAAGGUCUGGGAGUAAAAGGUAUUGUAUUAUCCUCAGUUCUUCAGUCCAGUCAUAAAUUAGAAGAUGGAUACGUUGAAAACUUUGUGGAAGUUGAUCCUCUUGUGGGUACUGUUCAUGAUUUUACCAACCUAACAACUGCUAUGAAGGAAGAAGAUUACUAUGUAUGGACGCAGAAGGAGCCAAAUAAUUGGAUUAGUUUGUAUGGAGAAUCAGCAUGGGCUUAUAGUGAAAUCCGUAAAGAAUAUUAUUUACAUCAGUUCAAACCUGAUCAGCCUGACUUGAAUUUCAGAAAUCCUGAAGUUAUUAAUGAAUUCAAGAAAAUUAUGAAAUUGUGGCUGGAACGUGGUGUGAGUGGAUUCCAAAUGAGUAAUGUGGAAUUCCUUGUGGAGGAUAAGGAUUUAGGAGAAGAUUUUGUGAAUCCACAUACUCUUGUAACACUUGGACAAUAUGAUUUUCUGAAACAUUCCAAAACAGCAAAUUUGCCAGAAACGUACGAUGUUUUGAGAGAACUGAGAGAAUCUAUGCUAAAUGUGUCAUCAGAUAGUGUUUUGGCUGUAAGCUCGAAUGUUACACGGUAUGGUGGACUGGUAAGAGACAAUAAUAUGACACAUGCUUUUGAUAUUAUGCGAAAUGCUGAUUUGUUUUCAUCUCUGAAGCAUGAAUUUACUGCUGUAAAUUUAAACCAUACAAUCUAUGGUUGGAUGAGAGCUACAGAAGGCUAUCGUACAUUUUGGGAGCUUGGUAAUGCCUACCGUUCAAGAGUUGCUUCAAGGUUUUCACCAGAGGUUGUGGAUGGUUUAAAUGCAGUUGUAAUGCUUUUACCUGGCACCCCCAUCACAUUGUAUGGUGAUGAGCUUGGUAUGAGCGAUUCUGAUGGGGAGCCUCGUGCUCUUGCUCCGAUGGCAUGGAGAAAUAGUACAGCAGCAGGGUUCUCUGCUAAUGAGAGUAUUUCAGCUUUGAGCUUGAACUUCCAAGAGAAGAACGUUGAGACUGAAGAGAGUAGUGAAGAUAGCCACCUUGGAAUCUAUCGAACACUUUCUAAAAAAGCCCGAACAUCUCGUUCCAUUAUGUAUGGAAAGUUUGAAUCUACAGUUUAUAAUGACACUGUUUAUGCCUACACAAGGUAAAUAUAUUUAAUGUUUCUAAAUUUAACUUAAUUCAAAACAGUGCACUAACAAUCCUUGUUGUUUUUAAUGCUGCCUUGAUUGUAGGAUCUGGUAAGAAUUUACUAAAUUUAUGGAAGUGUUCUUUAUUGUUGAAGUUUGUAUGCUUUUGUAAUUUAAGUUUUUCAAAUACUUCACCAGGCUGAAAAGUGGCAAUCCGGGAUACUUAGUUGUGUUUAACCCUAGUGAUUAUGAAACCACUGCAAAUUUGAAGGAAAGUUUGAAAAGUAUGUCGGAUGAUUUAACUCUUGUAGUGAAGAGUCCACAUGUAGAAGAUAGGAAGUAUCAAGCUUCUAGUUUAUACCUACCAGCCAAAAGUAUGGGAGUUUUUACAUUUGUUCCACAACAAGAAUAGAGGUGCUUGUGGAAAUGUUCCAGUAUUUAUCUUUUACAUUUUAUUUUGCUUUUUACAAUUUUCAUUUUUUAAAAUUUAGAUCAGUAUACACUGGCACUGAAUUUGGUACAGUUUUAUUGGUUGGUCUAAUUUUAUGCAUUUUUAUACAUUGAUUAAUUUGUAAUAAUGACUACAAAUUCUUGCGUGCAUUCCUAAUUUUUGUGCUCUUCAUGGGCAUGAAAUCCUAUCCUAUUUUACUGUGAACUUGAGUGAAGUGACAAUGUUUUAAAAUUGUAUUUAAUGGAAAGUAGAAUCUCGCAAAAUAAUUCACGCAUGAGUCUCGUACAGUGCAUUAUAGAGCAAACUGGCAAAGAAAUAAAGCUUCUGCAUAUGAAUUGUUCAUUUUUUACC